UUACCUCAGGUAUGUGUUGCAGCAAGUCAAAGUGUUGAGAUCGCAAAGUUUACAUCAGUUGGAAGAAGCUGUUCCCGAACUUACAUUCACAAAACUCACAGUGAUGGCUGAGGCUCACCAAGCAGUGGCGUUUCAGUUCACCAUCAGUCCUGAGGGGAUCAACCUGCAUCUGUCUUGCCAAGCCCUCAAUCAAAUCUACCUCUCCGGACUGCGAUCCUGGAAGAAGCGCAUCAGCAGGAUUAAGAACAGGAUCAUUAAGGGUGCUUAUCCAGCUAGCCCCUCCUCGUGGCUUUUUGUUGUCAUUGCAAUUCUAGCCACAAUGUACAUGCAGUCGGAUCCAUCUAUGGGUCUCAUCGCCAAAAUCCAGGAACACCUGCCCUAUAGUCUGUCAUUGAGUCCUCAGGGUCAGACCAUGCUGUCGGCGCUGCUGUUCAGUACUUUGCUGUGGAUGUCUCUCAUUCUGACUCUGAGGUUCUGCCUGAAGCUUCUCUUGUCCUACCACAGGUGGAUGUUUGAACAACAUGGUCAUAUGUCUACCAAGACCAAAGUGUGGGCGACCCUCGUGAAGUUGUUGUCUUCUAGAAAGCCAUUGCUGUACAGCUAUCAGACGUCAUUACCGCACCUGCCAGUACCUCCCAUUAAAGACACACUGGAAAGAUAUCUAGAAUCAGUCAAGCCACUGCUCGAUUCGGACGGUUUCCAGCGAAUGAGGAGACUGACAUCAGACUUUGAGAAAAGUCUUGGUAACCGCCUGCAGAGAUACCUCAGACUCAAAGCACUGUGGGCUACAAACUAUGUUAGUGACUGGUGGGAGGAGUAUGUUUACCUCCGGAGCCGGAGUCCAAUCAUGGUCAAUAGUAACUACUAUGGCAUGGACUUCCUGUAUGUGACUCCAACUCCUAAUCAGGCAGCUCGAGCUGGGAAUACGAUCACUGCCCUGUUCCUGUAUCGCCGAAAGGUCAACCGAGAGGAGCUAAAUCCUAGUCGUAUUCCUGGUACGGUCAUACCGCUGUGUGCAGCUCAGUGUGAGCGUAUGUUCAACACCACUCGAACGCCUGGAGAGGAGACUGAUGUGCUGCAGCACUGGCAGGACAGCGAGUUUGUUGCUGUUUAUCACAGAGGCCGUUACUUCAGAUUAUGGGUCUACCGAGCUGGACGAUUGCUCUCACCUAGGGAAAUCCAAUUUCAGAUUCAAAGGAUUUUGGAUGACCCCUCACUUCCUUCACCAGGAGAGGAGAAACUAGGAGCGCUAACAGCAGGAAGCCGGACACCCUGGGCUCGUGUGAGAAAGCAGUUCUUCAGCUCUGGAGUCAACAAGCAAUCACUAGACUGCAUUGAGAAAGCAGCAUUUUUUGUCACGCUUGAUGACCAAGCGGAAGGCAUGAAGGGGGAAAAUCCGUCUGAGAAUUUGGACCGAUAUGCCAAAUCCCUUCUUCAUGGAAAAUGCUACGACAGGUGGUUUGACAAGUCAUUUUCUGUCGUGGUGUAUAAGAAUGGAAAGAAUGGGCUGAAUGCAGAACAUUCUUGGGCCGAUGCACCCAUAGUAGCCCACCUGUGGGAGUUCACUCUCGCCACAGACACAUUUCACUUGGGUUACAACUCCGAUGGAAAUUGCAGGGGAGAUGUAGACCACUCUUUACCACAUCCUCACCGCUUGAGCUGGGACAUACCAUUGGAGGUUCAGACUCAGAUAUCAGAGUCUCUUGCUGUUGCUCAAGCGCUGGCUGAUGAAGUGGACUGUCAUGUUUUUCCCUUCAGAAAGUUUGGCAAAGGCCACAUCAAGAAAAUGAAACUAAGCCCAGAUUCAUUCGUGCAGCUGGCCCUGCAGCUGGCCUAUUUCAGGGAUAGAGGGACUUUCUGUCUGACAUACGAAGCUUCCAUGACGCGUCUGUUUCGUGAGGGCCGCACUGAAACAGUACGCUCCUGCUCCAAUGAAAGUUGUGCUUUUGUCCUUGCACUGGAAGGAGGAGAGGACAGAGAACAAUGCAGAAAGCUCCUCCGUAAAACUGCUGAGAAGCAUCAGAACCUCUACCGCUUGGCCAUGACUGGAUCUGGCAUUGAUAGACACCUCUUCUGCCUAUAUGUAGUCUCAAAAUACCUGGGGGUAGAGUCUCCUUUUCUUAAAGAGGUUUUGUCUGAGCCCUGGCGCCUCUCUACAUCUCAGACACCUGUGCAACAGAUGGAGCUGUUUGAUCUGGUCAACCACCCAGAGUUCAUCUCCCUGGGGGGAGGCUUUGGUCCUGUGGCUGAUGACGGCUACGGUGUGUCUUACAUCAUCAUGGGAGAGGACAUGAUCAACUUCCAUGUGUCUUGCAAGCACUCCUGCAAAGAGACUGACUCUCAUAAAUUUGGCUGUCAGGUCAGUCAAGCCAUGGUGGAUCUUAUGACCCUGCUAAACCCCGACUUCAAAGACACGACAAAAGCCAACUCGGAUGAACAGACUUAAAACUGGUUUCUAUUCAUGUCUUUUAUGAUAUAUGCAGCUAUGUCAGUAUCAAUGGGAGAAACAAAUGUAUCUAAAAUCUCGAAUGUGUCUACAUAUAGUGCCCAGCAUAAAUGAGUACAUCCCAAACAGAUCUCUCUUUUAAAUUAAUAUUUAUAUAGGGCACUAUGCAAUAAUGUAUUUGUGUAUAUACCAGUGUUGAUUUUGUUGGCGAAAUAUUUUCGGCAUAAUUUUCGUGACGAGCUAGUUUCUACCGACGAAAACUAGACGAAAGCUAAAUAAAAAUUAAGUGAUGAUAAUGACAACUAUAAUAAAAAUAUACUGACAAUUUCCUUGACUAAUAAAAAUGAGACAAGAAAGUGACCGAGGGAGGUUUUUUGGAAAAUAACCAAUGAGAAUUAAUCUUGGUGUGUGAUGCAUGAUGCACACACGCACAUUUGAAAAGUAACUGGUCAACAGUAGACGCAGGAUGCGAGUACAUCAUAUUCCAUAGGGGGGUCUGUCAGAUUAAACUGUACUAAAAUGGCAACAGCUGAGAGAAAAUGAAGAUUCACUUUAGAUGUCAAGACAAAAAAAAGUAAACUGUAUGGGGAGGAAAUAGCUGAUAAAAACAACAAAAAUAAAGCGACAUCAGCAUACUAGGGAAUCAUCCCUAAAUUCACACAAAGGUAAACUCUUUUUUUUAUCUUACCUGAGUGUGCGCUUUUGCUUAACUGAAAUGGAAUAGCUUCUCACUAGAGUAGAUUUAAUCAACUAAAAUCUUAUAAAAUUUAGUUGACUAAAACUAGACUAAAACUAAAAAGAUUCAGAAGACUAAAAUAUGACUAAACUAAAAUGGAAUUUUUGCCAAAAGUACGAUGGCCGAGAGAGCUUAAUGCGCUGCAAUGUAAGAAAGCACAUGCAAUUACAAAAAACACCUGCAAAUUAAGAAACGAUCUUCGACAAUUUGACAGCACACAUGUUGCAUUUUCUCACAACACAAACAACUUAAGAAACGCAGAGCAUUUAGUCACAACACAAACAUUAAUAAAACGCGCUGUAUUUUACAAACAUUAAUAAAACGUGCUGCAUUUCACACACAACACAACAGAAAUGUUUCAAGGAGACCCUAAAACGUGACGGAGCCUGGUUAUGGAGGUUAUGGUUAUUUAGGCUAAUAAAUACUAAAGACACAGGUAUCGGGUAAAAAACAAACAAAAUCUGCCACGUUGGUGGGUCGCAUUGAAUCAUUUGCGUUGUGUUCCGUUCUUUUUGUGUUGUGUGAAAUGCAACUCGUUUUAUUAAUGUUUGUGUUGUGUGUGAAAUGCAGCGGAUUGUAUGAGUAAGUUUGCAUUGUGAGGAUUUGCAGCAGGUGUGCUGUCAAACGGAUGAAGAUCUUUUCUUAAUUUGCUGUUUUUUUUGUAAUUGCGUGUGUUUUCUUAAAUUGCAGCAAGUUAAGCUCUCUCGGCCACCGUACAAAAGACUAUAACUAAAAUCAAAAUUUGCUGUCAAAAUUAACACUGGUAUAUAGAUCAGAUUAGUCAGUACCAAAGCCAAAACUAGAGAUAAUUAAACAAAAUAACUUAAGAUUUGUUUUGCUUUAUUUAUAUAGCACAUUUAAAAAACAAAUGUUGACCAAAGUACUUUACAAAAAAAACAACACACAAAAUCUAUAUUUACGAUAAAAUUAAGUACAAUAAAUUGCAAGAGACAGAAGAUGAUUUUUUAAAAUGAGAUUUAAAAGCAUCAAGAGGAGAGCAUGAUCUUAUGUAUAAAGGUAAACCACUCCAGAAAAGGGCUGCAACAGAAAAAGCCCUGAAAAAAAAGCCUCCUUUUGAUUUUUAUCGAGUCUUGAAGACAACUAGCUGAAAUUGGUACGCGGACCAAAAGGGACCUUGAUUUGUAUGCCAGUAAAGAAACCCACCAGGUGUCAGACUAUUCAGACUAACAACUUGUUCUGAAUUAUAAAUUUGACUGGGAACCCAUGAAGGAACGGUAAUACUGGUAAAAUGCUAGCAAAUUUCUUAGUCCCAGUUAAAAACCUAGUGGAUGCAUUUUGAAACAUCUAAAGGAAUGAAUACACUGAAUUGCAAUAAUCCAAUCUGGACAUAAUAUUCCUUAAUUGAUAGAAACCACUUCUGACUAGAGAAUGAAUGUGCUUGUAACUGGCUUCUGAAAGAUAGCAGCCAAGGGAAGUACAUAAAUGGGAAAUAGAGCUAGGCCCAAAAUUAUUAUGAUUGGUAAAUCCAGAUGCCUAAAACAAAAUGGCAUAACACCACUCAGCAAACUAGAAUGUACUAUUAUUGAUAAAAGAUCUAAGCCAACCACCACCAAUACCUGAAUAAGAAGACACGGAUGGAUAAUAUUCAAAAACACUGUUGUAACCAAUGUUUGAUCGGUUUAAAUUUAUUUUAAAAGUCUGCUAGGGCGUCACGGUGGCACAGUGGGUAGCAAGAAGGUUGCCGGCUGGGCCAGUUGCCAUUUCUGUGUGGAGUUUGCAUGUUCUCCAUGUAUUCGUGUAGGUUUCCUCCGGGUGCUCUGGUUUCCCCCACAGUCCAAAGACAUGCGCUAUAGGUGAAUCGAAUAAGCUAAAUUGGCCGGAGUGUAUGCAUGUAAAAGAGUGUGUAUGGAUGUUUCCCAGUGAUGGGUUGCAGCUGGAAGGGCAUCCGCUGUGUAAAACAUAUGCUCGAUAAGUUAGCUGUUCAUUCCGUUGUGGCGAUCUCUGAUUAAUAAAUGGACUAAGCCAAAAAGAAAAUGAAUGAAUGAAUGAAUGAAUGAAUGAAUGAUAAGUGUGCAAAUGAAGCAGCUCUAAGAGCCUCAGUUUUACUAACAAAAAACUUUUCACAUGUUGUCAAAAAUAGCAAAUAGCAACCAGUUGUAAUCUCAGUGUUUAAGGCUGAAUUAAUUGUUUUCAAUAGAAUUCUGUGGUUAUUUGGAGACUUUCUAAUAAGAUCAGAAAAAUAUAGUUUUUUUUUCCAGCUUUUACUGCCUUCUUAUAUUUAAUUAUAAUGUCUUUCACUAUAUGAUAAAGCACCUGUAGCUUAGUCUUCUUCCCUUUUCUCUCAGCUUGAUAAUUGUUGAAUGCUACAGGUAUCACUACUAUCUACAGCCACGAUUGCUGUUUGGCUUUAGGACUUUAAAGGAACACACAAGUCAAUGAUGCCAUUACAGGUGGAAUUAAAUAUCGACAUUUACUCUAACUAAUAGAACUAAUGCAGCCUUUAGAAAAUCACUGGUCGUUGAGGAUUUCAAGCAAUGAACACAGUGGUGUGAUGGCUUAUUAUUUAGAAAGGGACUGGAAAUUGAAAUAUUAAAAACGACUGGAUUAUGGAUCUGGAUCAGAAAGACAACCAUCUUCAAUGUCUAUAUUUGAAAUUGGGAUGCCUGAAGAUCUAAACUGCGGCCAAAUGUGUAGUGUAGGCUUUAAGACAAAUUGAAUUUGAUUAAAUGAACCAAAUAAUACGCAGAAAUUCCUUUCAUAUAGGCUGUUUAGGACAGCGGAUAUGCAAAUUAAAAUCACCAAGUAUUAAAAUCUUCUCAAAACUUGGUGCAAUUGUAAUUAAAAACUCUGAAAACUCGUGAAUAAACAUUUUGUUAUAUUUUGGGGGUCUGAAUAUGAGUGCACAAAUAACCGAACAAUAGGAGCCUGUAACUCAAAACUAGAGUAGUCCUCAACUGCCAGUGGAUGACAUAUUAUUAAACAUUGUAGUGACUCUACCACCCUUACCAGAUGAUGACCUUAUAGUAGAAGUUAAAGUCACUCUGAGAUACUGUACUUCCAAUAAGCAGUCAGUCAAGUUUCUGUAAUGACAAAAUGUUCUCAUGGCCUUGAUCUGAUAACAAAUCACAGCUUAUGUUUUUCACCGCUGCCAAAACUUCAGGUAGUCUUUUAAAUCUCACCAACACAUCAAGAUUACAGUCCACAAAAUAGUACGCACAUAUAUGAAAAAUGUAGAAGUUUAUUUCUAAAUUUAGUAGUUUGUAAUUUGUCUUUUUUGUUAUAACAUUUUGUAAGAUUGGGUUUUAAAACCACAGCGGUUCGAACUGUAGUUCUGCCGAAUGGGCAGUAUUAAUAGCUAUAAAUGUGGGAGAGCGUUGAUAUUAUGUGAUUGUAUUGUAUUGCAAUAUGGAGCAAUUAAGUGUUGAUGUUAAAUCAAAAGUAAUUCACAAAUACUUGAAAAUGAGAUGAUUCAAUGACAAUAAUUCUCUAUGGUUACAACUGAAUUAGUUACAAAAUAAUUGUAUAAAAUGAUAAAAUAUGGAAUGAUAAAACAUAUGAUAUAAAUUGUACCCAGCUUAAAUGUAAAAUUAAAGUUACCAGAGGUAGAAGGGGAGACACAGGAGGAGGGAGAGAGAGACAAAGAGAGCAGGCCCAGAAGUUAGCCUGAUUGCAGUAGAGUCAGAGAAGAUAGACUCCAGAGAAGGAGAGGAGCAGAGGAGGAAAGCAGACCAGGAAAAGACAGGUCAGGAAAAGAAAAGAGACAGAGCAGCGUUUUACCAUCUAUUUUGUAUCUUUCUUGACCAUGUGACUAAAGCCCAAAUGUUGAGACAUUCAAACUGACCAAUCAACAUGUGACCACAUCGUAAAACCCCCAAAGUCCACACACCAGGCCCUGAUCUUAUCAGUAUCUGCCUUUGGAGCCAGUAUGGACCUUCUUGAGUCAAAAAUACAUGUUUUGUCAUGUAAACAAACGCAUAUAAUAAUUUAGCCUCUUACAAAUUGAAUUUAAAUGUAUUAUUUUUCUAUUCCUCCUGAUGUUUAGUUUAUUUGACUUACUAUAACUGUUUAAAGGGCACCUGUGAUGAAAAUCAUCUUUUGGAAGCUGUUUGGACAGAACUGUGUGUAGUUAUAGUGUGUCAACAGUCAUAUUGGAGUGAUAUAAAGACAAUAAGCCUCUUUUUUUAAAUUCCUGACAUUAAAAUAGAAUCCAAAUUCCUCCCAUUUUAAGGCCCACAGCAGCGUGACAUAAGAGUGUGGUUUCCCCGCCCACCAAAUUAAUUGACAUGUCUCUGUAGUAACCCGUAUAAUCAUAUCAACAAGGCAGGACGUGCACAAAGCAACUGGGAUUAAAAGAUCUGUUCAGCUCUCUGUGAUCAUCAGUCAUCAUCAAAUGUGAUCAAUAAUGAGUUUUACAAGUUUAAAAAGUUUUUAAAACAGAGCAUGUUUGUAGUAAAUUAAAGACAGUAAAAUCAGUAUGUAAUUAAUCAGCACAGCUGCAGUGUCAGUACAAUUAUAAAAGAAGACUCUUCAAUCCCGGUUUGUGGCGUUAAAUCAGGUUUAUUUUGUACAUUAACAUAACAGAUAUCCAUACAGCAGUGGAUAUUGUGUAUACUGUCAUAUUUGCCGUGCAAAAACAGUGGAAAGUUAAACAAGCAUGCUGCGUGUAUGUGUGUGUCUGUGUGUGCAUUAACUUUGUAACGAUGUUGUGUGUGACUCAUCGUUGCAGGAAGACUUGAAUUAACUCCACAACAAAUACAUUGGUAAAGUUCUUACUGUAGUACCUCUCACAAACGUUACGUGAGAUCUGCUUCCUUCAUGUCUGUCACUGUGCUGUUUAUCUGAUGCAGCCAAGGCGGAGAUUGAGGCACAGUCUGACAGGCACGUGGGAAGAAUGGGUGGGGAGAACUAGCUCAUUUGCAUUAAAGGCACAGGCUACACUGUGUUCAGAGCAGAACAUUCCAAUAUUCUGAAAGGUAUAAUAAAUAAUCUGACGGGUGUUUUGAGCUGAAACUUUACAGACACAUUCUGGAGACACAAAAUACUUAUCUUAAAUCUUGAAAAGGGGGUAAAAUAGGUGCUCUUUAAUAAAUCUAUUUUGUUUAAGUGUACGGAAAUGUAUUGUCUGUGUUCACUGACAAGUGGAAAUGUUCAUUUUAAAAGGGGAUGUCCUCAUUUAUGCUGUGCACUGUAUACUGCAGCACAAAAUUACAUGUUUUGAAGAAUCAUUUUUAUUUGUUUGCAUGAACAUAUAAGGUCUCUAGUGUCUGUAGGAAGUGCUGGUAGUUUCAGCUUUGCUGGUAGUUAUGGCUUUGAAGGGUGUAGCAGGCUUUGCAAUAUGUUGUGAUAUUUUGGUAGCACUUUACAAAAGCAUGUUUUAGUCAAUGAACAAUGAACGACGCAUGUGUUACAGUAUUUCUUCAUGUUAGUUACUGUAGUUAAUGAAAAUACAGUUGUUCAUUGUUAGUUCAUGCUAACUCGUAGUGCAUCAACUAACAUUAACUAAUGAAACCUUAUUGUAAAGUGGCACCGAUAUUUUUGUAUUAUAAAUGAUCAUUUUUCCUGUAGUUGUUAUGUAAAAUCUAUAUUGUGUCCUUUAAAUUAAUUAUGUCAGGGAGGGAUUUUGUUGUUGUGUUCACUGUCAGAUAAAAUACAAAAUGGUAACUUUAGUGCUUACAGGGACAUAUUUGUGCCCUAUACCCCUACAAAGUGCAUAUUAAUACUUUACAGCAGAAAUAUAUACCCUAUAGUAUGUGCCCUCAAGGCACUAAUAUCAAACUUUUAAGGGUAAAUAAGGCAUAAAGUUGUUGCCUAAAAGGAUGUUGUCCGAUUAUCAAUCGGGUCUAAAUGAUCUGUCAUUCUUAUAUUGUGACUUAAUCUGAAAAGAUUAUUCUGCUGGAUUCCUCCACGCUUGAUUUAAGAUAGUUUGAGAAAUGGAUGAGUUUGUUUUUGGAAUAUCAGACAUAAAAUGUGCCUAGAACUUAAUUUCUAUUCUGGUGUAGUAUGGUGCAUGAAUCUCUUGCAUGAUGUUUAAUAGAUCAAUUUGGUAUUAUUACUAAAAGGCAUUAUGCUAAAGUGAUAAAUACUAAUUAACUUGACUUUUUUAUUAUAUAUUUUAAGUAAUUUGUAAUAAAUAAUUCAUAAUAAUUCUUGGGGUUGAAUUACAUCAUAAUAUAUACUGUGCAUGGUGCAAAAUAUUACAAAAAAUUUGUACAGAUUUUCUAAAUUGAACUACAUUUUCUGGCUUGAAUGUGACACUUGUGAAUUAUGUGUUGACAACAUGGGGAAAUGAAAGUCUUCAUAUUGCUAUGAAAUAUUAAAUAUUUGUGACAUA